AAACUUUCUCUUAUACAAUUUCAACCAAAAAAAAAAUACUCUUUCUGUCUUACGUUUUCUCUCUCUUCUUUCUCAUUCUAGUUAAUUGGUGAGAAAAAUGAAAGACAUGAUAGAAGGAAGUAAAGUAAUAGCUGAGUUUGAUCCUAUUAAGAAGCCUCCUAAGAGAAACAAGUUUGCAUUUGCUUGUGCUACUUUGGCUUCUAUGACUUCUGUGUUACUUGGCUAUGACAUUGGAGUAAUGAGUGGAGCAGCACUCUACAUCCAAAAAGACUGGAAAAUAACCGACGUACAAAUUGAAGUCCUUAUAGGAACCUUAAACAUCUACUGCCUCUUCGGCUCCUUCGCCGCGGGGCGAACCUCCGACUACAUAGGCCGUCGAUACACCAUCGUCUUCGCCGGUGUAAUCUUCUUCGCCGGUGCCCUACUAAUGGGAUUCGCCACUAACUACGCCUUCCUUAUGGUAGGCCGGUUCGUGGCCGGCAUUGGGGUUGGUUAUGCACUUAUGAUUGCACCUGUUUACACUGCCGAGGUUUCUCCUGCUUCUUGUAGAGGGUUUCUUACUUCUUUUCCUGAGGUGUUUAUUAAUGGUGGCAUUUUGCUUGGAUAUGUUUCCAACCUCGCCUUUGCUAAUCUUCCUACUCAUUUGAGCUGGAGGUUUAUGCUUGGGAUCGGGGCGGUCCCGAGUAUUUUCUUGGCUGUUGGUGUGCUUGCUAUGCCUGAGUCGCCGAGGUGGCUUGUUAUGCAAGGUAGGCUUGGUGAGGCUAAGAAGGUGCUCGACCGUACUUCGGACUCACCUGAAGAGGCUCAACUAAGGCUCAGUGAAAUCAAGGAGGCAGCAGGGAUCCCAGCAGAGUGUGACCAAGACAUUGUUACGGUAGAUAAGUCAAAGGACAAUUCUGGUCAAGGAGUAUGGAAAGAGCUCUUGAUUCAUGCCACGCCGGCGGUGAGGCGCGUGUUAAUUGCCGGUGUCGGAAUCCAUUUCUUCCAGCAAGCGUCAGGCAUAGACGCCGUCGUGUUGUACAGCCCAAGGAUCUUUGCUAAGGCUGGAAUUACAAGUGAUAUUAACAAGUUACGUGCUACUGUAGCAGUUGGAGUUGUUAAGACCUUAUUCAUAUUGGUUGCAACAUUUAUGUUAGACAAGUACGGAAGAAGGCCUUUACUAUUGACUAGUGUUGGGGGUAUGGUCUUGUCCCUAUUAACCUUAGCCGGGUCUUUAACCGUUAUUGACAGCUUACACGAAAAAAUUACAUGGGCUAUAGCUUUGUGUAUAACCAUGGUUUGUGCCUUUGUCGCGUCGUUUUCGAUUGGGUUAGGCCCAAUUACAUGGGUCUAUAGCUCAGAGAUUUUCCCCCUGAGGUUAAGGGCUCAAGGUACAAGUAUGGGUGUGGCUGUUAAUAGGGUUGUGAGUGGUGUAAUUUCAAUGACAUUCUUGUCCUUGACCAAGGCAAUUACGACAGGUGGCGCGUUCUUCCUUUUCGGAGGGAUUGCUACAAUUGCUUGGCUAUUCUUUUUCACGUUUCUACCUGAGACUCAAGGGCGUACACUUGAAGAUAUGCAUGUGUUGUUUGAGGGCUUUAGUUGGAGAGACUCAUUGCAUGGUAAGAAGUCAUCAGACGAUGAAAGUACCACACAAGAUGAGAAUAGCAAGAGUCAAUUACAAAUGGGAGCGACUACUACUAAAUCGGCUAACAGUCAAUAAAAUUAGGUUUUAGUUUUACGAGAAAGUAUACAAGUAUAGUUGAAGUAAUUAAGAGUAUCUCAUGUAACAACCUUUUCGGCUCUAUUGAGUAAUUAGUCUUAGUUUUCAUUAUGCUCCAAAAAUGCAUGUAGUUAAUGCUAUUAUGUAUACAAAAAUUGUGUCAAAAGCAUACACUUUUCAAGAGUAUGAUUCUCUAUGCUACCAAGAGCACAUGUAUUGUAUUUGGAAAACUAGUUGUAAUAUGAAAUGGGGCCAAAAGGUCACAAAGCAAAAAUGCAUUAUUGUGAUAUUCUGUACACUUAUAGUCUCAAUAUUAUGAUUACUCCUUAUA